AUGUUGCUCCUUUUCUCCCUCAGCGUGCUUUUGCCCCGAAAAAAGUUUAUCUUCCAUUACAAGAAUGUGCGCUGGGCAAGGGGCCGGCAUGAGACAUACCUCUGCUUUGUAGUAAAGAGACGAGUUGGCCCAGACUCCUUGACCUUUGACUUUGGACACCUCCGCAAUCGCAAUGGCUGCCAUGUAGAGAUGCUGUUCCUGCGCUACUUGGGAGCCUUGUGCCCUGGUCUGUGGGGGUAUGGAGCUGCUGGAGAGAGGAGGCUCAGUUACUCCAUCACCUGGUUCUGCUCCUGGUCUCCCUGUGCCAACUGCUCCAUCAGACUGGCCCAGUUCCUCAGCCAGAUGCCCAACCUUCGCCUCAGGAUCUUUGUCUCACGCCUUUAUUUCUGUGACAUGGAGGACAGCCGAGAGAGAGAUGGCCUGAGGAUGCUGAAAAAAGCUGGCGUGCAGAUCACAGUCAUGACUUACAAAGACUUCUUUUAUUGCUGGCAGACCUUUGUGGCUCGUAAGCAGAGCAACUUCAAAGCCUGGGAUGAGCUGCACCAAAACUCUGUUCGUCUUGCCAGAAAACUUCACCGCAUCCUCCAGGUAGAAGAUUGACCAUACCACAUAUUUUUCUCCAACCAAGAUAUGUUCAAUAUCUAAUAAUGUCAUGUCUUCUUUCUUUUUUUCUUUCUCAGCCAUUUGAAACAGAGGAUUUGAGAGAUGCCUUCAAACUUCUUGGACUGUGAACAAUACUUGUGACAUCCUGUUACCAUAAGUCUAUUACUAUGUCAGAGUAAAGACAUGUUGGUCCAUCACUACAACUGCUUAACUGAGAAUAAAAAAAACUGAGAAAAAAUAGCUUUCAAGUUGCAGCAAG